AUGUGGAACAGGGAUCGAGUGCUGCACUCUGUCGGUCCAACCAACCUUCCUACUGGUGAACUCAUGCAGUUCGUGCUAGCGCGGCGGUAUGGUGUUAGCACGCACUGGUACACAAUAUUAAAUGGAGUGAAUCAUGGAAUAUUUAUCAAUUUGCAGACGUCUGGAACCGACCGUGCACCUGACGCUGAGCAUGGUGACGGCAGCGGUCCGUCUGAGGUGACAAAGGAUCCAAACAAAAAACCACAAAAGAAAAGAAAAAAUAAUGGCAGCCCAGAGGAUAUCGAAUACGAAUUAAAAAGAAAAAAAACCGAAGAAAGUCGAUCGGUAUAUAAAAAUGAUUUGCUAGAAGCUAAGGCUCUCGAUCAAUAUAUUAUUAUAAAUAAUACCUUUAAACAACUGCACAAGCAAAUAAAAAAAUAUGAAUCAAUUAAAAAUGCACAAGACAAAGAUAAUAAUUUGCUUAAAUUUAAAGAAACAGAAAAAGAUUAUGAAACUGAAUUCAACAAAAUUAAACAAAGACGAGCACAGGAGGAAAAGGAGAGGGAAAAUGAACGCGAACAUUUUGAAACUGAAAAAGAUAAAAUCGAAGAAGAAAUACAGCAGCAAAAAGAAAAAUAUGACAAGGAGAAAAAAAUGAUGGAUGAAUGUCUCGAGAAAUUGAAACACGAACUAACUCAAGUCCAAAGCCAUGUGGAGAAAUUUAUCAGCGAAUUUGAAACAGAGAAAAUUAAAAUCGAAAAUGUAAUACAGGAGCUAAAAAACAAGUAUGAUGUGGAGAGAAGACUAAAAGAUGAGUGUCUCACAAAACUGCAAAACGAAUUAGCUCAAGCAAAACGAGAUAACGAUAUACAGAAAUUAUUGAAUGGAUUUCAAACAGAAAAACUAAAAGUCGAAGAGGAAAUACAGAAACAAAAAAAAACUUAUGAUAAUGAGAAAAAACUGACCGAACAACGUCUUGAGAAAUUGAAACACGAAUUAACUCAAGUUCAAAGCUAUGUGGAGAAAUUUUUCUUCGAAUUUGAAACAGAGAAAUUUUAA